UAGUAAUUUGUGUUUCAUGCAAUUUCAGUACUUACGAAAUGUUGCGUACUAUUAUAUAGAAGUGUAAAGAAUAUUCAGAUGUAAAGUGCAAAUGUAACUUUUAAUAUAAUUUAUAAAAAUAUUAUUUAAUAUUAUUAAAUAAAAUUUUCUUUUUAUGUACCGUUAUGUCUAAUUUUCCCGCAAUACGUUUAUCAUCACAAAGAAUUGUGGCGCCAAAGCAAUAUACGCGUAAUAUUGGUUUUAAUAAUUAUACAUAUUUGAAACGAUAUUUUAAAGAAUUAUUGAAAAAUUUUUCAUUAUUGUGAUAAUUUAUUGUCACUUCAAGAUUAUUUUAUUUUUGAGAUGCAUUAUAUAGUUUUUACACAUCGUUUUAUUUUUUUAAAGAAUUAUGUCGGAUCCCGGAUUGUCGCUUGACGAGGAAACACUCUCCCCAGAUAUCUUCAACGAUGUAGAUAAUAUGACAAAUAAUCCUGUAAAUUCUGAUGAUUCAAGUUCAAUGUUAGUUGAUAUUACUGAACCAGAACCUGUGGAUGAUGUACCUGAAUGGAAAGGUGUAAACAUGGAUGAAAUACAUAAAGGUUUAGGUAUAUAUGAUUGUCAAGAAUUACCACCUAUUUGUCCAUCUUCAUCUCAUAUAGUAUUAAUAUCGUUACCAUUACCCGUACGUGGAACACCAAAACCAUAUCCUACAUAUCAAGUAGAAAAGUGGUGUCAGGAUUAUGUUAGAAUGCCACAUUCAAAACAUAGUGUAUAUCCAAUAGAUGAGAAUGGAACUAGACGUUGUCGAAACAGAUGGGAAAUAAUACAAGAAUCAUUACUUCAAAAUUUUAUUUCAACUCAUCAACUAGAAAAUGCAAUACUUUCUUAUAAUCACAUAUAUGCACAACGUUGGGAUUUUACUGCACUUCAUCAUUUCUUUUCUGAGGUACUUGAUGAAGAAGAAGCAAAUAUUUUCUUUGAAGUAUUAAUGCCAAAAAUGGUUCAGCUUGCUUUGCAACUUCCUGUUUUGGUAACAGGUUCAGUGCCUCUUUUAAAACGCCACACUAAUGGUGCAAUAAGUCUUAGCCAGUUACAAAUCGCCUCUUUACUAGCUAAUGCAUUUUUUUGUACAUUUCCAAGACGUAAUUCAACUAAUCCACAAUCUGAAUAUGGAAAAUACCCAUACAUCAAUUUCAAUAGGUUAUUUUCAGCAUAUAAAGAAGGAAAAUGGAAUAAGUGUGAAUCUGUAAUGGAAAAAAUGAAAUGUAUAUUUCAUUAUUUUCGCAGAGUAACAUCUAAAGGUGGAGCAGCCCCAGAAGGUGUAGUAACAAUUCAACGACGAUAUAUUCCUAAAUCCGAUUGUCCAAAAUGGGAUGAACAAAUACAGAAAUUGUUACCUCUACAUAUUACAAGUAAAGGAACAAUAGAAACAGAAGGAACUGGAUUUUUGCAAGUGGAUUUUGCUAACAAAUAUGUAGGUGGUGGUGUUCUUGGGUUAGGAUGUGUACAAGAAGAAAUAAGAUUUGUUAUUUGUCCUGAAUUAAUGGUGACAAUGCUUGUUACGGAAGAAUUAGAUGACACUGAAGCAUUAAUUGUCAGUGGUAUUGAAAGAUAUAGUAAAUAUAAAGGUUAUAGUAAUACUUUUAAAUGGGUUGGAGACUAUGUUGAUGAAACACCUAAAGACAGUAGCGGAAGACGACUAACAUCUAUUGUUGCAAUAGAUGCUCUUUAUUUUACACAUACACAAUCGCAAUUCAACAUAAAUAAUAUAACAAGAGAACUUAAUAAGGCAUAUGUAGGAUUUGUUGGUUGCGAAGGUAGCAAGAACAAUCUUCCUGCUGUUGCAACUGGAAACUGGGGAUGUGGUGCAUUUCGUGGAAAUCCAAAAUUGAAAGUUUUAUUACAAUUAAUGGCUGCAGCUGUAGCAGGUCGAUCAAUGGUUUAUUUUACUUUUGGGGAUACAAAUUUACGAGAUGCUAUUGCUGAAAUGUACAUGCACUUCGUAAAACAUGAAAUAAAUAUAGCUCAUAUUUUUUCAUUGUUGGUGCAGUAUCAAGAAUUUGCUUCAACAGGAAACUUAGAUUUUUAUCGUUUUUUGUAUAACCGUAGUAAAAUAAAAUCAUUUACACAACAUUUAAAUACAAAUAUUCAUACAAAAGUCUCUAUAACAAAAGAAAUUUUGAAAAAAAGUAAAAGCAUUAAUAAUGGAGAAAAAAGAUCUUUUCAGUUAGAUAAAAAAUAUCCUGAAACGGAAGAAGAAAAAAUACAAGGUUGGUUAACUAAUAUUGAUGAAGAUACUAAUAGUAAAAGAAAAACGGAGAUUUUAAAAGAAGAAUAUAUAGACGUUAAAAGAAUUGUGGAAAAAGAACAGAUUCAAAGUAAAGAUAAUAUAAAGAAAAAAGAAGGACAAAUUUAUGAUAGAGAUAGUGUAGAGAAAAAAAGAAAACAGUCUUUAUGGAAAGUUUCGGAAGAUACGACACAGACUAAAACGAUUCAAGAAUGCCGAUUAUCUGGUUUAGAAUUAUUAGAUACAAAACAAGAUCUUAUUUCACAAUACUCGGAUAGUGGUUGUAGUGAUUCGACCAAAGAUGAAAAUCAUCAAUCAAUGAAGACUUCUACAGAUACACAUAAUACAUACAAAUUAAUUCAAACUUUAGGUGAAAACUCUAUAGUUCCAAAUAAAAAUGAAUCGCCAACUAAAAAAUCUGGACAAAGAAAAAUUUCAGAUUUUUUUCAACGAACAAGUUAAAAAUUUUUAAGCAUUUAUAAUUAAAUAGUUCUUUUACUUUAUUAAAUUUUGACACAAGACUUUCUAAACACAUAUGUACUUUGUAUAUAAUGUAAUAAUACGAAUAAAUAAAAAAGUAAUUAAUUUUGCAAA